CACUCACAAUUCAUCCAUCAUCCCCAGCGCACUCAAUUUUUUCCAACACUUCUCACACACUAGCAAAGAUGGUCGCCACCCAGCUGUUCCUCGGCUCUGCCGCCACCCUCAUCGCCUCUUCGACUGCCUUCGUCGCACCGAUGGCCGUGCGAUCCGCCGCACCCGCUUCCUCUUCUUCGGCCCUCAAGAUGAGCGCUGGAUCCGACUACGUCGCAACCCUGCCCGGAGCUCCCUUCGGCGAUGGAAAGAUCUUCGACCCCCUCAACCUCUCGGACGGGGCUGACCCCGCCGACAUCAAGAAGUGGCGCGAGGCCGAGAUCAAGCACGGACGUGUGGCCAUGCUCGCGUCCCUCGGUGUCCUCGUCGCGGAGCAAUACCACCCUCUCUUCAUGGGCCCCGACUACAUCGGCCCCGCCGUGGACCACUUCCAGGAGAUCAGCGCGCAGUACCCCGAGUUCUGGGUGUUCUCCCUCCUGGGCAUGGCCUUCAUCGAGUACAACACCAUCAUGACCGCCUUCGAGACCCCCAGCGCUGUGACCGGCGAGGGCGGCCUGAAGGAGGACUACGUCCCGGGAGACCUCGGCUUUGACCCCCUCAACCUCAAGCCCGAGGACGAGGCGGCUCUGGACGUGAUGAAGACCAAGGAGCUCAACAACGGCCGCCUGGCCAUGAUCGGCAUCGCCGGCAUGCUGGUCCAGGAGCUGAUUAACCCGGCCGACAUCCUCGGCUAAAAGGCGUUAUAUUCUACCGUUAAUUUAGAUCUCUGACUGUGCUUUAGUUUCAUAAUGUUGAAAAGGGACUUAUCAUUUGUGUGCAGGCCUCCGGUGAUCGCGACAUCCAUUGGUGAUUGAAAUCGUGUCCAACUUGCAGAGUUGAAAAAUCUACAGUGAGGUUCCUGUGGAGAGUGCAGGUUGGUGUUGUAAAUUUUGCCUACACUGGAGUGUUAACAAUAGCGAGGCCGUGGCUGAUGUGUCCUGUUCUUUUGUUUCUCGUGUCGUGUGGUUUCUUUUUUUCGUUUUUACAAUUUGUUCGUGGCGAUCGUUCUCGGUCGCGCAUUGCACACAAGUAUUUGUAGUGUGGUCUUCAUAAAAAAAUUGUUGCGAACUGAAGGGGAAGUCGUCUGGACGACGACUGUUUCGCCGUUGGCAGUUGGUUGCGCAAAUCGAUUUUUUUUCAAUUUUGUACUCGAAAAUUAUUCAUCUGCACAUUUUUGUGG